AAAGUCGAUUUGGAGGAACUCACUGUAAACGAGUCAUAUAUACUGUGAAAUAACCCUACUAUUUAUUAUAAAAGUUUCUCUUUUUAAUUAUUUAUUUUAUCUGUAGAAAAAGUCCCAAGAAAUUUUUGUUAUUUUUAUUCUUAGAAUUAUUAUGUAUCUGAUAGAAAUAAUAUUUGAAGAAUUCAACAAAAAUUUUAAUGUGAUAGAUUGAUUUCUUUUUUUUUGUUUUCUUUCGUUCAUUUAGGAUCUCAGUCAAGUUUCUGCUUAUAGUAUUUCUCAUAAUGUACAAGAGUAUAUUGUUCAAGAUCUAUAUUUAAUGAUGGGUCGUGAAUUUACUCUACUUGAUCAAGUACCUGCCGGCAAUAUAGUUGCUAUCGCACAAUUAGAUUCUUUUGUUUUAAAAUCAGCAACGUUAUCAACAAAUAUAUUUUGUCCAUCAUUUACUGGUCUUCAAUUUGAAGCUUCACCUAUUGUUCGUGUAGCAAUUGAACCAAAAAAUCCCGCUCAAAUGAAACAACUUCGACAUAGUAUGCGUUUAUUAAAUCAAGCGGAUCCAUUGGUCGAAUGUACAUUAAAAAGUACUGGUGAAUAUAUUCUUUCAACAGCUGGUGAAGUACAUUUACAACGAUGUAUCGAUGAUCUUACUAAAAUAUAUGCUCGUAUUGAAAUUAAUGUAUCAGCACCGAUUAUUCCAUUUCGUGAAACAAUUAUACCACCACCUAAAGUUGAUUUUCUCAAUGAAUCAUUAGCAAAUCAACAACAACAAUUCAAAUCAAAUAAACAAACGAAAGAACGACCACCAUGGCUAUUAGAGGAUGGUUUAGUUGAAUUAAGUACUCAAAAUCGUCAAUGUACAUUUCAAGUUCGAGCAGUACCAUUACCUGAUUCAAUCACUCGUUUACUUGAUGAAAAUUCUUCAUUACUUGCAAUUAUUGAACAAGCUCAGGGACGUGAUGAUAGAAAAGUAACUGCACCAUUGAAUGAUCAAACACUUGAUCAAAUUCGACAAUUACGAGAACGUUUAAAUGAAGAAUUUAUUAAUGCUAAUGGAAAUAUGUGGAAUUCAAAUACUAUUGAUGAAAUAUGGUCAUUUGGUCCACAUAAAUGUGGAUCUAAUCUUUUACUUAAUCGUAUUCCAAAUAGUAUUUAUAAACAACGUACCUCAUCAGUUUGGACAAUUGUAUUAAAUAAUCAAAUGAAAGCAAAUCUAAAUUCACCAUUAACAAAAGAUGAUUAUGAUAUAAGUAUUAUUAAUGGAUUUCAAUUAGUAACAGCUAGAGGUUCAUUAUGUGAAGAACCUUUAAUGGGUGUUGCAUUUAUUAUUGAACGAUGGACAAUCAAUACAAUUGUUAAUGAUGAAAAUAAUGAUGAACAACAAAAUACAUCUGAAAUUAAUAAUUAUGAUCUUCCAACAACAAUAACAACAACAACUGGUGUCGAAGAAGUAGAAAGUUUAGUAGAAACAAUGAGUAUUACAAGUGAUGAAUCAUCAGCAUUAAAUACUGAACAAAAACCUCGUCGUGUUGUUGAUAAAUCAAAAAUUGUAAUUAAACGUGGACCACUUUCUGGUCAAAUAGUAUCAACUAUGCGUGAUGGUUGUCGAAAAGCAUUUGAUUCACAACCAAGACGACUUGUUGCAGCUAUGUACAAAUGUGAAGUUAUGGUUAAUGCAGAAGCAUUGGGUCGAGCUUAUGCAGUUUUAAGUAAACGAAAUGGACGUGUAUUAAAUGAAGAUAUGAAAGAAGGCACGAGUACAUUUAUUAUUACAGCUGCUUUACCAGUUGCUGAAAGUUUUGGUUUUGUUGAAGAAAUGCGUACAAAAGCAAGUGGUUUAGCAUCACCACAAUUAUCUGGUAAAACAUAUUGGGAAAUUAUUGAACUUGAUCCAUUUUGGGAACCACACACAGAAGAAGAAUUUUUACAUUUUGGUGAAAAAGCUGACUUUGAAAAUCGUGCUAAAAAAUAUAUGAAUGAUGUUCGUCGACGUAAAGUUAGUGGUUCACCACAACGUGAACAAUUACUUCAAUCAAUUGGCUUAAAUUUUGAUAUAAUUAUUUCUGAUUUUGCUGAAGAUCUUGAUCGCACAUUAUAUAAAGAAAAUCUUUCUCAGUAUUUUAUUGAUACAACUGAAGAUAAAUGUUGUCAUGUCUAUCAACAAAUUAAAUUAAAUGAGAAUGAGAAAAAUAAUUUUAUUAUUAUGGGUGCUGAUACAAUGUGCUCAUUAAAUAAUGUUGUCUAUGGAAAACCAUGUGAUACAGAAGAUGCUUUUCGUAUGCUAAAAACAUUCUCUAAUAAUACAUAUCAAGUUUUUACUGGUGUUUGUAUUCUACAAGGAGAUAUGAUAAUAAAGACAUUUUUUGAAACGCUUUUAUUUAAACAUGUCAACAAUGUAUUUGAUUUUCCAAUUUAUCAUUUUUGUACACAAUUCAGGGCGUUACUGAAUAGUGAAAUCAAAUAA